AUGGGCCGCUAUUCGGGCAAGACGUGCCGGCUGCUCUUCAUGCUCGUGCUCACCGUCGUCUUCUUCGUGGCCGAGCUGGUCUCGGGAUACCUGGGCAACUCCAUCGCGCUGCUCUCGGACUCCUUCAACAUGCUCUCGGACCUGAUCUCGCUGUGCGUGGGCCUGACCUCCGGCUACAUCGCCCGGCGCCCCACCCGAGGCUUCCGCGCCACCUACGGCUACGCGCGCGCCGAGGUGGUGGGCGCGCUGAGCAACGCGGUCUUCCUCACCGCGCUCUGCUUCACCAUCUUCGUGGAGGCGGUGCUGCGCCUGGCCCGGCCCGAGCGCAUCGAUGACCCAGAGCUGGUGCUCAUCGUUGGCGCCCUGGGGCUGGCCGUCAACGUGGUGGGGUUGCUCAUCUUCCAGGACUGCGCCACCUGGUUCACCUGCUGCUGCCGGGGCCACCGUCGCCGCCUGCAGCAGCGGCAGGAGCAGGCUCUUGGCGAUCCUCCCGGCGCUUUUGGGGGACCCCAAGACGCCGAGGGCCAGCAGCAUGCUGCGACCCCGACGGCCCCCGGCUUGGACUCAGCUGUGACCCUCCGGGGGGCUUCGAUCGAAAGAAAGCAGAAGGGGGCGACCGUAUUCUCAAACGUAGCAGGUGAUUCCUUGAACACCCAGAAUGAGCCUGAAGAGACUAUGAAAAAGGAGAAGAAGUCUGAAGCCCUGAAUAUCAGAGGUGUUCUUUUGCAUGUGAUGGGAGAUGCCCUGGGGUCCGUGAUUGUGGUCAUCACAGCCAUUAUAUUCUAUGUGCUGCCCCUGAAAAAUGAGGACCCGUGUAACUGGCAGUGCUACAUCGAUCCCAGCCUAACUGUUGUCAUGGUCAUCAUUAUUUUGUCAUCUGCCUUCCCACUCAUCAAGGAGACUGCUGUCAUUCUCCUGCAGAUGGUCCCCAAGGGAGUCAACAUGGAAGAGCUGAUGAGUAAACUCUCUACUGUGCCUGGAAUCAGCAGUGUGCAUGAAGUGCACAUCUGGGAACUGAUAAGUGGAAAGAUCAUUGCCACCCUGCACAUCAARUAUCAGAAGGACAGGGGAUAUCAGGAUGCCAGCACAAAAAUUCGAGAAAUUUUCCACAACGCAGGAAUCCACAAUGUGACCAUCCAAUUUGAAAAUGUGGACUUGAAGGAAUCCCUGGAGCAGAAGGACUUACUAUUGCUCUGCAGCCACCCCUGUGUUUCCAAUAGCUGUGCUAACAAGCUGUGCUGCCCCCCUGGGUCAGUGCCCCUGGCCCAUGUCAAUGGCUGUGCUGAGCACAAUGGCGUUCCUCCUCUAGAGACAUAUUGUAGCAGAAGAGAUACACCAGAAGUGGCUAUUGAAGUGUCUCUGGAUGGCUGCCUCAGUGACCAUAGACAAGCUAUUAACAAAACUCAGGAGGACCAACAUGAUAACAGUACACAUUUUUAACCUGGUACCCACAUAAAGUCAGACUAUUUAGACAAGGCACUUUGGAAUUGCCAACCUGGCCUGUGGAAAGAGCUUUGUGGGUUGUGGGCUCUGACCAAACUUGCAGUGUGUGCUCUCUGUGUUCAGUGGGGGUUGGCUGUUUGGGAUUUUAGUGAAACAUGUCUGUUGAUUUUCAUGUCACUGAUGACCAUUUUCCAUCAUCCUGGGUAACGACUGCUGCUCUUCAACAGUUUCAGUUUAAACAUAUAUUUUCUGAAGCAAACUGCACUAGAGUAUAUGUCAGGGACAUUGAAGGGCUGGGGUUCAGUGACCGUGGACACAGAUUUCAAAGUAGUUCUUGCUUUGAGUAUGUGUAUGUGGUGCUGGCGAUAGAUCCCAGGGCCUUGAACAUAUUAGGCAAGAGCUGUACGACUGAACUAUAGAUCUCCAAUCCUUGUUUUCAAACUGAUCAGAACUUUUUGCUGACUCUCAGGUGUUUUGUUGUUUACAUGGAACUUUCUUGAAUGCUUGCUAAAUGAUCAACUGUCACCUCUUCUACGAAG